CUUGCAGCAGACAGAGAGAGAGAGAGAGGGGGGGCUGCAAAUCAGGAGCUCCAUGCAGAGUUGCCUGGGUCUGUGGAAGUACUGCAGGUCACCCGAUGCGAAGGAUCGCACCAUGCUUCACCGCCAGUCGUGCUCGGUGAGCGAGCCGUCCCGGAUCAAGAGGAGCUCCCCGGUGCAGCCUGCAGACGGUUUCAGCGUGUUGGAGCUGAGCUCCGCCAGCGGCACCGCUGCAGGCCAGCAGGAGGAGAGUCCGCUCUGCAGACUGACGGCGUCCUCGCUGCAGCUGGUGGACAGCCUGCCGUUCCAGCCCCAGCUUCACCUGCUCCCGAAUGUCCCGCAGCUCACCGUCACCUCGGAGGAGGGCACCACCCAGGACAGCCUGGAGCCGGACCUGAACGUCAAAGUGUGCCGCAAACUCUCCAGCUCGUCCCUCUCGUCCACGGGUUCCUCUCUCUUCGAGGAAUCCGAAGAUGACCUCCUCGCCGACAACGACCACCAGCACAUCAGAGGAGCUGAGGAGCAAGAGGACGCCAGUCAGAACAAAUCCUGGAAGAAGGCAAAAUCAAUAGUCCACGUCUCAUCCUUCCCGUUCAAGAAACGAUAUUCAUGGAUUCAAUUGGCUGGUCACUCAGGGAGUUUCAAGGCUGGCAAUGGUGGGAGGAUCCUGAAGAAGUACUGUGAAAAUGAGAAGCUGUGCUUUGAGCAAUUGAAAACUGAUUCGCUAGCUCCCUUUGUGCCCCAUUACUAUGGCAUUACACAUGAAGAUGGAGAGUGGUAUAUUCAGCUGGAUGACCUGUUGGCUGAGUUUGACAGCCCCUGCGUCAUGGACUGUAAAAUGGGAACAAGGACGUAUCUGGAAGAAGAGCUGAUGAAAGCGCGUGAGAAUCCGAAAUUACGAAGUGACAUGUACAAGAAAAUGGUGGAGAUUGACCCCCAAGCGCCGACACCACAUGAACACACGAUCCAAGCUGUUCUGAAGCCACGGUACAUGCAGUGGCGGGAGACCCUCAGCUCUACAGCAACGCUCGGGUUUCGUAUCGAAGGUGUUAAGAGAGCGGAUGGCAAAGGCAGUACAAACUUCAAAAGGACCAAAACAAAAGAACAAAUUCUUCAGGUCUUUAUCGACUUUGUCAAUGGAAACAAGAAAGUUGUGCAAGCCUACAUGACGAGACUAAUGGAGAUUCGGAAAGCUCUGGAAACGUCGGAGUUCUUCAAAAGGCACGAGGUUAUCGGGAGCUCCUUGCUGUUCAUACAUGACAAGAACGAGGUGGCAAAGGUGUGGCUGAUCGACUUUGGAAAGACCACCAGGCUGCCGAGCGGAAAGACUCUUAAUCACCGUCUGUCCUGGGAGGAAGGCAACAGGGAAGAUGGCUACCUCCUGGGGCUUGACAAUAUGAUCGCCAUUGCAUCCAGCAUUUUGUGAUGCUGGGCCAAAUUCCUCCUUUUCCCCAUGUUUUCCAUUGGGCAGUAGGAAUAUUGUACGGGGCCAGCCUCCCUCGACCUGGAUGCGCGCUGCUGUUCAAAGCGGUGAGGGAACAAAGAAAGAGAGAGGACAUUUUGGCGAGAUGCAACUGAGGUUUCCCCACUGCUGGUGGGCUUUCUCUUGGGUGACUUUGUGUCUUUAAUUGGACCCAGACUGUGAAUGGGACGCACAAAGGUAUCAGAAUGGUGGAGGUGACGCUCUUAUCUCGUGGGAAAUAUGGUUGCUAUUCACUGUGGAACUGUUACGAAUGGUUACUCUAGGAUUUGGCUUGAAAUAAUAUUUGAAGGACAAUUGCAAUUAGAUUCUGCUCAUGGAUUAUAACUUGUGGGUGCUCUCCUGAAAGAUAAGGUGACUUCCCCUUCACCUCACACCUCACAAUGUCCAGGUCUAAAGCAGAAGUGGCCAACACAGGAAAGAGAAAACGGGGAACUGCAGGCCUGGUGUAUGUUAUCGUAAAAUCCUAGAAUCUACUAUAAAGGAAGUGAGUACUGGUUAUUCAGAAGUAAUUGUCUGAUUAGGCUGAUGCAACAUGGAUUUAGGAUGAGUGGAUAUGUUUGACAAAGUUGAAAGCUUUUCAAGGAUGUUAUGAGCAGAGUUGAUUAAGGGAGAACCAAUAAAUAUGGGGUACUUGGAUUUUCAGUAGACUUUGAUUAAGUCCCACACAAGAUAUUUGUUAACAAUGAAAGUGUUUGGGAUUGGGGCUAUUAUAGUAACAUGGCUUCCAGACAAAAAGUAGAGAGUAGGGAUAAAUGACUCAUUCUCCAAUAUGACAAGUGGGGACCACAAGGGUCAGUGCUAGAGCUCCAACUAUUCACAAUCUAUAUCAAUGACUCUGAUGUGGGGUCAGUUGUAAGACAGCAAAUUCUCUGUAAUCAAAAUUCCAAGCAUCCAGAAUGGGGACUUUAAUGGCAUUAGCAACCAGAAAGGAUUGAUAGUUCUAGAAUUAUUUUAUCAAAAAAGACAACGUGACUUAUCAUGGCCAGAUAUACCAGGAUUUAAGAGUGUCUUGUUUUUUAAAGUGCACCUUCAUCUUGUGGCAGCGACAGGACCAGUUCUCCCAGCAGCCACUUGUAUCCCUCAUGAACCCAGCAGAUUCCCUGUGUGGGCUGGUUACUCUAUUGGCAGGUGCAGCUGACACUAAACCUGAGAGCUGUGAGGAUUUACACAGGCUGAACAUGACAGGCCAGAGCCUGUAGAUAAGUGUGAGGUUAUCCACUUGGAACAAUUCAGGUGCAGAGUAUUUCACAAAUAGUGAGUAGUUGUGAAAUGGUGAUGUCCAAAGAGGUCGAGGUGCCCUUGUUCAUGUAGGUGUAGCCAGCAGUUCAGAAGGUAAACAAUCUUUACUGCAAGAGGGUUUGUGAACAAGAACAAGUAAAGACCUCAUUUGGAGUAUUAUAUCCGGUUCUAGUUGCCUUGCCUAAGGAAGAAUAGAUUUUGAAUGAUUCCACAUCCUUCACUAUAACACUGAUAUACUCCACACCCCUCAUUAUAACACUGAUAUAUUCCACACCCCUCGGUGUAACAUCGAUAUACCCCACUCCCCUCACUCUGACACCGAUACACUCCACACCCUUCACUGGAACAUGAAUCUAUACCACAUCCCUCACUAUAAUACUGAUACCCUUCACUGAUGUUCCCUAUAUUCUCACUAUAGUACACUCCAGCCAUCACCUACACUCCUUGACAUAACAGCCCCGUCUGUAGUAUUGCUGCUAACAGAUGCUACUCCAUUGUAUAAUGCACAUUUCAUGUUGAUUACUGACAUAAAAUCAGUGACUACACUGUUGAUUCAUUGUCUGUGAUUUGGGCUGUUCUUAUUUGACAGACACGAUGUGAAUCCCAAGCUCGUCCUUUACUUUCACUUCCUCAGAGACAGUUCAAAACUGAGUGAUGCUUCUGUCUUGGCUUCCCAGUAAUUUUCUGCAGCUCACUGCCUGGAAAAGGGGCUAUUUCUGAAUAGAGCUGUCUACUUGGAUUAUGCUUUACUUAUAUCCCAUACACCAAGUAUGGAACACAGCAGGGUUUACUUAAUGAGGUCUGAGUGGAAGGAUAUCAUGAGUGUCACAUAACAUGCAAGUGUUCCAUUUCACCUUCUCGCAUUGAUUAUCACUGUCAUAUUUUCUGCAGCAAUAAGGAGAUUUGGGUUAUUGAUGAGUUAUUUGUAUCAUUAUGGGAAAUCUCUUCCAUGUGUCACAUCUCUCGUAUGCAGCUUACAAAAAUAGGAACAGCUAGGGAUGUCAAUUCGUCCCCCUCAAGCAAGUCCAUCAUCCAGGAGACAGUGAGGUCUGAAGAUGCUGGAGAUCAGAGUUGAGAGUGCGUUGCUGGAAAAGCACAGCAGGUCAGGCAGCAUCCUGAAGAGCAAGAAAAUCAACGUUUCAGGCAUAAACCCUUCAUCAGGAAUGAGGCCUCAUUCCUGAUGAAGGGCUCCGGCCCGAAACAUUGUUUUUCCUGCAUCUUGGAUGGUGCCUUACCUGCUGUGCUUUUCCAGCAACACACUCUCAACCCAAGUUCAUCAUUCAGUUAACUCAUGACCAAUCUGUACUACAGUCCCAUCUCCCUACCUACCCUCUAUACCCCUGAUUUACCCUGAUCAAACAACAAUCUAUUAAUCUCAGCCUUAGAAAUUUCAGAUAACGCACCGCAUAUUAGGGAGAUGGUUGCAAACUCUGCAUUUUUUGCAAAUUUUGCCUUUUGCACCAAGCCUGUCCUCAUCUGGGCCCCUUCCUCUUCCUCCGUCUCCAUCUAAAAACAUUUUCCAACACCUUUCAGUUCUGAAGAAGGGUUAUACUGGACUCGAGGUGUUAACUCUGAUUUUCCUUUCUCCAGAAGCUGCCAGACCUGCUGAGUUUCUCCAGCAGUUUCUGUGUUUGUCACAGCUACAAAUUUCCAUUUUUUUGAUGGAAUGAGCUUCCUGUUUUCCUUUUUAAAUGACCUAGACCUUAUUAGGAUCGUGGUUCCUGUGUUCUGAUGUUCCCUCGUCAGAAGAAACUGGUUUUCCUUACAUACCCUGAUGAAUUCCAUGAUCACUUUAGAUGAUUUGACCAGUUCACCCCUCACCAACCCGAACCAAACAGGAUAGCAGCCAGCCUGUCUUCACAAGUUAAUCCUCUCAGCCAAAAGUAUUGUCAUUUCCGGGGCCAGUUCCUGAGAUCUGAUGUCGGUAAACCAAUGUGUAGGACCCUCACUGCCAGCUUCUCCCUGAAAUGGUGUUAUCCCCAUCGCUUUCCUCUGCCACUCUCAUGACAUUUAUUUUCACACAGAGCAAGGUGAGUGUCUAGAACAGGCUGCCAGAGGUAGUGGUGGAGGCAUGUACAAUUUUAUCAUUUUUAAGAAACAUUUAGACAGGUACAUGGAUAGGAAUGAAGGGAUAUGGACCAAACACAGGCAAAUGAGACUAGAUUAAUUGUGAGAACUGGGCAGCAUGGCCAGGUUGGGCCAAAGGGCCUCUUUCUAUGAUGUAAAUCUCUGAGGUUGGCCGAUCCCCCCCAAAGGUUUAUUUUUCUUGAAAACACAGACUGAUCCAAUUAUCCUGCGAUGGCACCAAUUUGACAACCUGCCCAGGUGAAGUCUCACUGCUUGGACUCUGAGCUAGGAUGGCGAUCCAUCAUAAGCCACCUUUCAAUGAAGUUUAAAUCCAGAAUUAUUUGACAGGGAUGUACUAUCAGGCUGAAUGGUAGAAGUCAUCAAAUUCAGAAAUGAGGAGGAAUAAGGAUCUCUCUCCUAACCCACAGUGUUUCCAUUACUGAGAGGGUACCCUGUGAUUUGGCAGAAGCAUGGCAGUUAACGGGUUUCACUCAUGUCAGUUCCCAGACAUUUAAGGCCAUUCAGCCCAUACUGCAUAUGCCAGGUCCCAAUCCCUUGCACUGUCCUUAUGACAUUGUAUUUAUUUUCCUUUUCAAGUACUUACCCAAUUCCAUUUUAAAAGUUGCCAAUAAAUCUGCUUCUGACACUCUCUGAGAUUAUAUAAUCUGGAUCAUACCAGAACAAUUUCUCCUCAUUUCUCCCUCUGAUUUCUAAAUCUGAGUCCUCUUGUCCCUCAUGGCAAUGAAACGGUUUCAACAUAAACAGUUUCAAACACCUCACACCUUGUCUCUUACCCCAUUCAAAAUGGCUGCCAGGAUCGGUAAACAAUUUCUGAAGUGAUAAAUUCUUCACACCCACAAUGAGGGGCACUAUAGCCAGUGUUCUCACUGGAUCCUAAACCUUGUUUUUAAUACUUGCUGUUCUGGGCAAGUGUCACUAGAAUUUAUUGCCCAUCCCUAGUUUUCCCAGCUAACAAAUUGUGGGACCACUUCUAGGUAGUUAACCAAAUUGGUAGGAUAGGGUUUACAUUUCUAUAGCGCCUUUCCCCUCGGUGCGUCCUUGAGCACUUUACAGCCAGUAUAGCGGUUUUGAAGGGCAAGGCUGUGAUAUAGGAAGCUGAGCUAUUCUUCUCAUGGGUGAACUCUUUUGGAUUUUGCAACUAUCCAACAGCUUCCUGGUAACUGGCAUGACUUUUUUUUUAAAAUUGUGCUUGCGUUCUCAAACUGUCACGGCAGGAUUUGAACUCAUGUUAACAGUCCAGAGAAUCACUGCAACACUUCAGAGUUGCUGCGCAUCAAGGAGGAAGCAUUCACAGAGAAUGAGGGAUUGGUGACUCACUCAAAGGAUGGCACCACAAGGUGACAGGUGGAGAGGGUAAAACCUUGGGGGGACAAAAGAGAGACAGUGUGAAUCAGUAGGAGCAGAAAGUAUCAGAGGAGAAAAAAACUGAGAUAUGGAGAGAAAUAAAGUGGAGAAAAGUUGAAAAUCAAAAGCCUUUAUUUUAUAUAACCCUUCAGUACUGUGCCUGGAGUGGUUUGGUCAUUUUCUUCUCUCUGCUGUUUUAGUACCAUAACCUGUGGUCCAUUUUCUCUCUUCUGGGAAUAGAAUUCCAUGAACUCAAAACAAAGUUUUAGGAAAAAAUGCACCCUGAUGGGCUCAAAAGUGUUAACCACAAAUGCACAGUCUCACCCUCCAUGAGGAAUGAAUUUGAGUGCGUCUCUCAAUGUAGAAAUGCAUUUGAAAGUCCAGUUCCCAGUCCUGCACAGGUCAGUCCAAGAAUCAUUCGGGGAGCCACAGCUGUAGUAUUGCUCAGGUCAGACCAUAGUUCUUCCAACUUCAAAAGAAGGCAUUAGAAGUCUCCUGAUCCAAUCCUGUAUGCAUUAUCACUUCUGUAUGUUGUAAGGUGAUAUGGGAUUCAAAGUCAAUGUGAGCUGCACAGAGCUUUGCUGGAAACCAAAACAAAAUCCUGGAAUCUAGCAGUAUCGAGACAUAAUAGAGAAUUUUCUAGUGUAUGUUUCAAGUGGGAAUGUAAAGUAUUCUGAGGAAUCUCUACUGUACGUUACUGAACACUACUGAUAAUUAUUGGUGUGACUUUUUUCUG